ACGUGUACGUAAACAGAAUUAUUAAUGAGACGAACCUUCGAUUGGAGGAUUGUAUAGCGAAACAAAGGAGCAUUGGUAGGAUUUAGUAUGAUCAUCAAUGUUUUCAAUCCCACCUUUAUCUGUAGAUUUCCACAACUUGCAUACCGUUAGGAUCAUCCUUCGACGAACGUAGAUAUAUAAAGGCUGUUGGUCACUACGAUCUCUCAUACUAUUACAUACCAUUGCAUCUUACGAACUGUCAGCAAAUAUGAAGACAACGUUCCUUUGUAUUACCGUUUUGGCGGUAAUCGUAGUUACGUUGGCAGAUGAGCCAAAAUAUACCACAAAAUUUGACAAUAUCAACGUGCAUGAAAUUUUGCACAAUGACCGGCUACUCAACAAUUAUGUCAACUGCUUGCUCGAUAAAGGUCGCUGCACUGCUGAAGGUUCUGAAUUGAAGAAAUCCUUACCGGAUGCUUUGGAAACCGAUUGUUCCAAAUGUUCCCCUAAGCAAAGAGAAUUUGCAGAAGAAGCUAUGAAAUUCUUGUCCCACAACAAGAAAGAAAUCUGGGAGGAACUUCUUGCCAAAUAUGAUCCCGAUAAGAAAUACAGGAAUAAAUUUGUCGAUCGAGCGAAGGAUGCUGAUAUCCAAAUCUAAGAACAAAUUCGAAAAGAACGAUUCUUAACGAAAUGCCAAUAAUACAAGUGUGAUGAUAAUAAUGUCAGGAUAUAUGAUUGACGAUAUCAAAACUAUACAUUUAUUCAAAUAUAUAUGACUUACUUAUAUACAUAUGUAGAUAUAAUUACUUUGUAAACUAACAUUGGAAAGUUUGUUUGUUAAUUAUUCAAAUUCGAAUUGUGUUAUUGCGUGUGAAUGAUAUAAAAAUUUGUAAUAAUAAAUAAAUUCUCAUUUGUAC